ACCUUUGUCGGCGAUUCUUCGGAGCUUAAGAGGAAGAGGCCUUUUUUCACUUCCACAAUGUCGGAUCUUCAAGCACCCCUUCGCCCUAAAAGGAAGAAGGGCUUGGUCGAUUUCCUAGUCCAGUUCCGCUGGAUUCUUGUUAUUUUUGUUGUCCUUCCUUUUUCCACACUGUAUUACUUUCUCAUAUACGUUGGAGAUGUCAGAUCUGAGAGGAAGUCCUACAAGCAGCGUCAGAAGGAACAUGACGAAAACGUUAAGGAAAUAGUGAAGCGUCUCAAGCAGAGGGAUCCAAAAAAGGAUGGUCUUGUGUGUACAGCCCGUAAACCAUGGGUUGCUGUUGGAAUGCGGAAUGUAGACUACAAGAGAGCUCGCCAUUAUGAAGUUGAUUUGUCUGCCUUCCGUAACAUCCUUGAAAUCGAUAAGGAGAGAAUGAUUGCAAGAGUCGAACCACUUGUAAACAUGGGGCAGAUCACUCGAGUCACUGUUCCAAUGAAUCUUUCCCUUGCUGUGGUUGCUGAGCUUGAUGAUCUUACAGUUGGUGGUCUCAUCAAUGGCUACGGGAUUGAAGGAAGCUCCCACAUUUAUGGCCUGUUUUCUGAUACAGUUGUAGCUUAUGAGAUAGUUUUGGCUGAUGGCCGUGUUGUUAGAGCUACCAAGGACAAUGAAUAUUCUGAUCUCUUCUAUGCUAUCCCGUGGUCUCAAGGAACCCUCGGUUUUCUUGUUGCUGCUGAGAUCAAACUUAUACCCGUUAAAGAAUACAUGAAGGUGACCUACACUCCCGUAGUGGGGAAUUUGAAAGAGCUUGCACAGGGUUAUAUGGACUCCUUUGCACCCAGAGAUGGUGAUCAGGAUAAUCCCGUGAAAGUUCCCGAUUUUGUAGAAGGCAUGGUCUACACACCAACUGAAGGUGUGUUCAUGACCGGGAGAUAUGCCUCAAAAGAAGAGGCGAAGAAGAAGGGGAAUAAGAUUAACAACAUAGGUUGGUGGUUUAAAACCUGGUUCUACCAACACGCACAGACGGCAUUAAAGAAGGGAGAGUUUGUAGAGUACAUUCCGACAAGGGAGUAUUACCACAGGCACACAAGAUGUUUGUAUUGGGAGGGGAAACUCAUCCUUCCAUUCGGAGAUCAAUUUUGGUUUAGGUUUCUUUUGGGAUGGUUGAUGCCACCCAAGGUUUCCUUGCUCAAGGCUACUCAAGGCGAAGCUAUAAGAAAUUAUUACCAUGAGAUGCAUGUCAUUCAAGACAUGCUUGUUCCUCUUUACAAGGUUGGGGAUGCCCUUGAGUGGGUCGACCGAGAGAUGGAGAUCUAUCCCAUUUGGCUCUGCCCACACCGACUUUUCAAGCUUCCAGUCAAGACAAUGGUGUAUCCUGAACCAGGCUUCGAGCAUCAUCACAGACAGGGCGAUACACAAUAUGCUCAGAUGUACACAGAUGUGGGGGUCUACUAUGCACCGGGCCCUGUGCUGAGGGGUGAAGUGUUUGAUGGUGCAGAGGCAGUUCGCAAGAUGGAGAAAUGGAUGAUUGAAAACCACAGUUUCCAGCCGCAGUAUGCUGUCUCCGAGCUGAACGAGAAGGAUUUCUGGAAGAUGUUCAAUGCCGAUCUCUACGAGCAUGUCCGUAAGAAGUACGGAGCAGUAGGAACAUUCAUGAGCGUGUACUACAAAUGCAAGAAAGGAAGGAAGACCGAAAAGGAAGUGCAAGAAGCCGAACAAGCCCACCUUGAAACCGGGUAUGCCGAAGCUGAUUAGUCAACUAUUUAGGUAAUGAUCUUCGGUAGAAUAUAUCGCAUUCAGUGAUGAAUCCUUGCAUCGCCUUUUUGUCUAUUUGUUUUAGUAUUUCUCUCAUCGAAUUUAGUGUGUCGGCAUCGGAUAUGUUUAAAGCAUCGAUGGAUUAGGUUAAUGUUAUUGAACGGUUUAUGGUUAUGGUUGGUUAUCUUUGGGUAUGCAGCGGGUGCUAUGACACCAAAAUACCUUUCAACAAUUAGAUUUCUAGAGCAGACUCUCU